AUGGAAAAAUUAACAGAGCUGGAGAAUAGAUUCCACUCAUUGUUAAAAGAAUUAUCAAUGAUUAUGGAUGACUGGAGUGAUCUACAAAAAGAAACCAAUCAAGAAUUAAUGGACGAAGAAAUUAAGGCAGUUAAAAUAAAGUUGCAUAAGCAAAAGUAA